CCAUUACUUCUUGAAUUUGGGCUUAACGUGGCCCAGAGUUGACAUAAUUGCAUCCACAUAAUAUUUUUUUCUCCGAUCAUCGGAAAAAGCAGUAAUCAAGAUGCAGAAGCUCAACGACAUCUUCUCCGGUGGAGGAGACGGCGACGGAACAACCGAUAGUUUCCUUGAAGAUGGAUCGGAGGGUCUCUGUGCUCUCUCCACCACCCAGAGAAUGUACGGAUUCGCCGCGUCUUUAGCCACUGGUCUGCUACUUAUGUUCCUGUCUAUGAUUGUAUUUGGGAUCCCCAUCAAAUUUGCACUGCUCUUCACAUUUGGAAAUGUUCUAGCUAUUGGAAGCACAGCUUUCCUCAUGGGACCUGAGCAACAGAUGAGUAUGAUGUUUGACCCUGUUCGUUUCUUAGCUACAUCCAUUUAUAUCGGAUGUGUCGUUGUUGCACUCAUUUGCGCUCUCCUGGUAUGUUCUUGCUCUCUUAUACAACAACCAAUAACUAUGUUUUAGUCCAAAAUUAGAUCUUUAGAGUAAUUGCAAGAUCCAAUAUGACACAUGUCCAAAAUCUGCAAUGUGUUUGUUCUCAAUACUUCUCAGCUUGAAAUUUCUGUUUUUUCAAAAAUCUUUCUCGUCUCUUGUAGAUCCAUAGCAAAAUCUUAACGGUCCUUGCGAUCUUAUGUGAGAUUUGUGCACUGAUAUGGUAAGUUAAAUGCUAACCUUCAAUCCAAAACAGGGUUUGGUUCUAUAAGGACCCGAUGAUUCUUAAGCCUUAUUAGAUUUGAACAUCUUCUUUUACACAUUAUAAUGACAGGUACAGCCUCAGUUAUAUUCCAUUCGCACGGAGAAUGGUCUCUGAAAUAAUGAUCCGUCUUUGUGACACUGAGCUAUAGUCAGUCAUCUGGCAGCAAAACACAAAGCACAUAAAUUGUUUUAUACUGGUCUCGAGAACUUGUGAUCUGAUUAUUCUUAAACGAAUCUUGCUUGUUUUUUGACCUGAUCGUGUGAGUCGGAAGUAAUGCAGUGAGUUUGUUUUAUUGGGGUCUUGAAGCUCUUGUGUGUAUUUCGUUGCUUCAAGCUCUUCUGUUGCUUCAGUCUUAAAACGUUGUUUGGCAUUUUGUGUGAUCAAAUACAAAGAUUUCUUUUUCUUUAAA